AUGAAAAUAUUAUAUAUAUGUGAUACCAGAUUUCAUCUUUUAAAUACGAAAGAGAAAAAUUAUUUAUAUAAAUAUUGGUCUUAUUCGUUGCAAGAUAUUCUGAAUGGUACUGAAGCGAGGGACAUCCAUUUCUGGCUUGUCUGCAUAAGUUUAAUUGACUAUAUAGAUCUUAUUACAUUUUCCGAUUUAUUUAAUUAUGGAAAGUUAAAAAGUGCCAUAGAUAAAUUUUCUGAUUAUUUUCAAAUGGAUAAUGAAAAUUUAAUAAAAGAGAAUAAAAUUUAUGUCGAUCCCCUUCUUGCUUUCUUAAAAAACGCAGACAAUACUUCAAAAAUAAAAGAAUGCGACAAAAUUAUAAUAUUGUCAUGUAAUAUUUAUCUAUGGGAGAAUAAAAUAUCAGAGUUACAAAUUAUAGGUGAUGUGUUUUAUACAUUCAUGUGUAAAUUUUAUUUUUUCAACGUAAAAAAUAAAACAAUAGAUACUACCAAUUCAUUGGAACAUAUACAAACCAACUUGAAAAAGUACCAUAAUUUUUUUUUUAAAAAUAUGGAAUUAAAUAAAAUUGAUAUUUUACAAAUAUCUAAGGAAAUUUUAUCUAUCAAUUUUUCUGUUUUCUUUACAUUAAAUUUAAAAAAUGAGCUCUUGUUUAAGUGUGAGGGGUGUCCUUUGAUUAAUGAAUUAAGUUAUUCUGCUUUUGUCGGCUUAAAUAAUUAUCCA